CGCCCACCCAGUGUCUGGGCCGCGCGGGCCGCAACAGGCAGCGGCGGGCGAGCGCGAGGGCCGCGCGCCGCGAGGCCCCGCGCGUGCGUGCAGACUCGCUGGCGGCUCGCGCUCCGCCGGGCGGGCUGAGGAGACGCCGAGCCGCCGCCGCCGCCGCGGGGGACGCCUGGAACCGCUCGGCGGCCCUCCGUGUGCGUAAGCCCCGCGCUUCCUGACCCCUUGCAGGACCAUGGCGGAACGCGGAGGGACGGGCGGUGGUCCCGGAGGCUCCGGGGGCGGCAGCGGCCAGCGGGGCUCGGGGGUCUCCCAGUCCCCUCAGCAGCAGCCGCCGCCGCCGCAGCAGCCGCCUCAGCAGCCGACGCCCCCCAAGCUGGCCCAGGCCACCUCGUCGUCCUCGUCCACCUCGGCGGCGGCUGCCUCCUCGUCGUCCUCGUCCACCUCCACUUCCAUGGCCGUCGCGGUGGCCUCGGGCUCCGCGGCUCCCAGCGGCCCGGGGCCAGGCCGCACCCCCGCCCCGGUGCAGAUGAAUCUGUAUGCCACCUGGGAGGUGGACCGGAGCUCGUCCAGUUGCGUGCCCAGGCUCUUCAGCUUGACCCUGAAGAAACUCAUCAUGCUAAAAGAAAUGGACAAAGAUCUUAGCUCAGUUGUCAUUGCCGUGAAGCUGCAGGGUUCAAAAAGGAUCCUUCGCUCCAAUGAGAUCAUCCUUCCAGCUAGCGGUCUGGUAGAAACAGAGCUCCAAUUAACCUUUUCCCUUCAGUACCCUCAUUUCCUUAAACGAGAUGCCAACAAACUUCAGAUCAUGUUGCAAAGGAGGAAGCGAUACAAGAACCGAACUAUUUUGGGCUACAAGACCUUGGCUGUGGGCCUCAUCAACAUGGCAGAGGUUAUGCAACAUCCCAAUGAAGGUGCUCUGGUUCUUGGCCUGCACAGCAAUGUGAAGGAUGUCUCUGUACCUGUGGCAGAAAUAAAGAUCUACUCCCUGUCCAGCCAGCCUAUUGACCAUGAAGGAAUCAAGUCCAAGCUAUCUGAUCGCUCUCCUGAUAUUGACAAUUACUCUGAGGAAGAGGAGGAAAGUUUCUCAUCAGAGCAGGAAGGCAGCGAUGAUCCAUUACAUGGGCAGGACCUAUUCUAUGAAGAUGAGGAUUUGCGGAAAGUAAAGAAGACACGGCGGAAACUUACCUCAACUUCAGCUAUCACAAGGCAACCUAACAUCAAACAGAAGUUUGUGGCCCUCCUGAAGCGUUUCAAAGUUUCUGAUGAGGUAGGCUUUGGACUGGAGCAUGUAUCCCGGGAACAGAUUCGGGAAGUAGAAGAGGACUUGGAUGAACUGUACGACAGUCUGGAAAUGUACAAUCCCAGUGACAGCGGCCCUGAAAUGGAGGAGACAGAGAGCAUCCUCAGCACUCCAAAGCCUAAGCUCAAGCCCUUCUUUGAGGGGAUGUCGCAGUCCAGCUCACAGACGGAGAUUGGCAGCCUCAACAGCAAGGGCAGCCUCGGAAAAGACACCACCAGCCCUAUGGAAUUGGCUGCUUUAGAAAAAGUCAAAUCUACUUGGACUAAAAACCAAGAUGACAGCUUGACUGAAACAGACACUCUGGAAAUUACUGACCAGGACAUGUUUGGUGAUGUGAGCACAAGUCUGGUUGUUCCAGAGAAAGUCAAAACACCUAUGAAAUCCAGCAAAACAGAUCUACAGGGCUCUGCCUCCCCCAGCAAAGUGGAAGGAACACACACUCCCAGGCAGAAGAGAAGCACUCCUCUGAAGGAGCGACAGCUCUCCAAGCCACUGAGCGAGAGGACCAACAGCUCCGAUAGUGAGCGUUCACCUGACCUGGGCCACAGCACACAGAUUCCAAGAAAGGUGGUAUAUGACCAGCUGAAUCAGAUCCUGGUGUCCGAUGCAGCCCUCCCAGAAAAUGUCAUCCUGGUGAAUACUACCGACUGGCAAGGCCAGUAUGUGGCUGAGCUGCUCCAGGACCAGCGGAAACCCGUCGUGUGCACAUGUUCCACCGUGGAAGUCCAAGCUGUGCUGUCUGCCCUGCUCACCCGGAUUCAGCGCUACUGCAACUGCAAUUCGUCCAUGCCAAGGCCAGUCAAAGUGGCAGCUGUGGGAGGCCAGAGUUACCUGAGCUCCAUCCUCCGGUUCUUUGUCAAGUCUUUGGCCAGCAAGACUUCAGAUUGGCUGGGCUACAUGCGUUUCCUCAUCAUUCCCCUUGGUUCUCACCCAGUGGCCAAAUACUUGGGCUCAGUUGACAGUAGAUACAGCAGCACCUUCCUUGAUUCUGGCUGGAGAGACCUUUUCAGCCGCUCAGAGCCCCCAGUAUCAGAGUCACUGGAUGUGGUGGGACGUGUGAUGCAGUAUGUCAAUGGAGCAGCUACAACGCACCAGCUCCCUGUGGCUGAAGCCAUGCUGACCUGCAGGCAUAAGUUCCCUGAUGAAGACUCCUAUCAGAAGUUUAUUCCUUUCAUUGGCGUGGUAAAGGUGGGCCUUGUUGAAGACUCACCAUCUACUGCAGGUGAUGGGGAUGAUUCACCCGUGGUCAGCCUUACCGUGCCCUCUACAUCACCACCCUCCAGCUCGGGCCUGAGCCGAGAUGCCACAGCCACCCCGCCCUCCUCUCCAUCUAUGAGCAGUGCCCUUGCCAUCGUAGGGAGCCCCAACAGCCCAUAUGGAGAUGUGAUUGGCCUUCAAGUGGACUACUGGCUGGGCCACCCCGGAGAGCGGAGGAGGGAAGGAGACAAGAGGGAUGCCAGCUCAAAGAACACCCUCAAGAGUGUCUUCCGCUCAGUGCAAGUUUCCCGUCUGCCCCACGGUGGGGAAGCUCAGCUUUCUGGCACUAUGGCAAUGACUGUGGUCACCAAAGAGAAAAACAAGAAAGUGCCCACCAUAUUCCUGAGUAAGAAACCCCGGGAAAAGGAGGUGGAUUCCAAGAGCCAAGUCAUUGAAGGAAUCAGCCGCCUCAUCUGCUCUGCCAAGCAACAGCAAACUAUGCUGAGAGUGUCUAUCGAUGGUGUUGAGUGGAGUGAUAUCAAGUUCUUCCAGCUGGCAGCUCAGUGGCCCACCCAUGUCAAGCACUUUCCAGUGGGACUCUUCAGUGGCAGCAAGGCCACCUGAGGCCUUGCCUCCCAGGCAAUCUCCCUCCUGGCACUGCCACUCAGCCUCACCGCCUGCGGGCAGGGGGAGGCCAGCAGGCCUGGGCUCAGCACCCCCUUCCCAGCACUGGAGCCUGCCUCUCACAUGCCCAGUCCUGAAGGACACUGCCACUGGGGACGCUGCCCUCCCCUCCCACUGCCCAGACAGCUCCUGGGCCACUCCUCCAUCCCUCCCCUGGGCCCUCUCCUUUGCAGGAGGGAGGGAUCCAGGCCCAGAGAAGGUUGGUUCUGCCUUCUGGUGCCCAUAGUCCCUAGAAUUGAGUCCUUCAGGCCUUCCUUCACCUGGCUCCCCACCUCUUAACCCCUAUGGCCCCAGUUCCCUUCCUGGAAAUAGGAAACUUAGAAUCCUGGUCUAUGGCAAUAGGGGCCCAUCCCUCUCCCAACAGCCAGGCCACUGGGCUCUCAUUUUGUAAGGCCUUGCUGCCAGAUGCCACCCACCCUGCCCACCUCUAAAGAGGCUCUUGUGAGGACCUCACCUGCCACAGUUUCCCAGAGGAGGUUGAGGGGACACUUGGGCCACCACAGUGUAUUCCUGGGUUGGACGGGCUUUCUCAGUCUCCCCAUGCACGACUUCAUACCACCUGAGUCCCUGUAGAUGUCCCAUAUCCUGCUGUUUCUUUGGUUCUUUUUACACGGCCAGUCCUUUGGUCAUUCGUAUAACUUGUCCCAUGCACAGGUCUUGUUCUUGUGGCUUCCUCCCUGUUGGUGAUACUCCUCCUCUGCCUCCCAGCUGACCACCCAGCAUGGCUGUGCCUGGCCUCGAAAGGUGGGAAGCAGGCCCCCCUGCACACAGUCUACUGUCUCCCUUUCUCUAUCACCUCGUCUCCUUCCUUGCUCUGUCCUCUCAUCUGCUCCCUGUCAGGAUAGCAGGCAGAGGCCCAGCCUUUACCAGAUCUCCCUUCAGCAGCCUCCCUCCUUGCCUAGUGAUGAGGCUCAACCCCCUUGUCAAAAUCCUUGGGGGAGGCUGAGGAUAUGGAGACAGUGCCCUGCCCCCCACUAUUCCCCCUGCCAUCCCCAGGGCUUCUCCAUUGUUCUGUCAUUGUUCCCUAGAAGUGUGGCACAGAACUUCACUUUCAAAGUGUUUUUCUCAUUCUCCAUGCCUCCCCCAAAUCCCUCCAGCCUUCUUCCCCCACAACCCAGCCCAGCCGCCUAAAGUGUCUCCUUGGCCUGAGAGAAAAGUGGGUUGGGAGGACUGGGGCCAUGUUGGAUUUUUCAUUCAAUAAACUGGUGAUUUCUUA